AUGGAUGACAUACAGGAAGUGGUUGAGGUGAUCACAGAGACUGACUAUGAGGAUGAGUGGGAGGAGGAGAAUGUACAGGUUGGGCAAGAAGAGGAUGUGCAGGAGAAAGAGGAAGAUAAUGAGCGAGAAGAGAAGCAAGAAAAGGAACGUGGGGAGAGUGAGAGUGAGAAGCAAUUGCAGGCGGAAGAGGUGGAAAAGACCGCGCAGUCAUAUGCGGGAAACUGCCCUACGACAUCCCGGCAGGCACUGGAGGCGCUAGAGGUCCUUCAGUUAGGUUUGGAGCCAGUGAAUGCCCGAGCUAGCAGGGCCCACGCUCGGCUGAAGCGCAGUCUGUGCCAGAGGCGGAAGGCUUACCUUGACCACAGGAGAGCUGUCAUCCAGGGAAUUCCUGGCUUUUGGGCCAAAGUGUUUGUGAACCAUCCCCAGAUGUCAAUUCUGAUGAGUAACCAAGAUGAGGGCAUACUUCAUUACAUGACAAAUUUGGAGGUGGAGGAACUCAGGAAUCCCAGUGGAUGCUGUAAAAUCAUAUUAUUCUUUUGGAAUAACCCCUACUUCUCGAAUAAAGUAAUUAGCAAGGAAUAUUUCAUUGAAAUCACUGGAUGGGCUCUCAGGAUGGAAUACAGGGCAUCUUAUUCUACUCCAAUUCAGUGGUAUCAGGAUUAUGAACUUAAGGCCUAUAGCCGCAGGCAUCACAACAGCAGCCUUAACUUCUUCAAUUGGUUUUCUGACCACAACGUCACAGAAUCUUAUAGGAUUGCAGAGAUAAUCAUUAAGGACCUAUGGCUUAAUCCCCUGUACUACUACAGAAGAAUAAAAGCACCUGGAGAGGAAACAGAGACUCCAGCUUCUGCUCUACCAAAAAUCCUGCCUGCAGCUGUCAAAAGUCUGUGGACAAACUCUGAAAAUGGCUCAUCAGGGCCCUGCUUCACUGCGGUGAGGGAAGAGCUAAAAUCUCCUUUCACUGGGAGUUUUCUCCAAGCCCUGGUUCCCAUGGCUUGGAUUUGUGCAUACAGACCGGAUGAUAUUGCAUUUGAGCUUCUGCACUAG